AUGGAGGGAGAAGAGCAAUUCGAUGAGAAUGGGCUUCCUGGCCCGGGUGCCCCCACCCCGCUUUCUGCGCUCGACGGUGUCUCUGGCUUGACUGCUAGGGAUAUCAAGUUGUUCGUGGAUGCAGGGUAUAACACUGUCGAGUCUGUCGCCUAUACGCCCAAGCGGUUGUUGGAACAGAUCAAGGGUAUCUCAGAACAAAAGGCCACCAAGAUCCUAGUAGAAGGUAAGUCCCCUUCUGCGAUACACUAUAACACUUCAUUGAAGAUUGGUUCGCUAACGAGGCUGUGCCGAUUAGCCUCAAAACUGGUGCCUAUGGGGUUCACCACGGCAACCGAAAUGCAUGCCCGGAGAAGCGAGCUCAUCUCGAUCACGACGGGGUCAAAGCGACUGGACACAUUGCUCGGAGGUGGUAUUGAAACGGGGUCGAUCACGGAGAUUUUCGGAGAGUUCAGGACGGGAAAGAGUCAGAUCUGUCACACUCUCGCGGUGACAUGCCAGCUGCCCUUUGAUAUGGGUGGCGGCGAGGGCAAGUGUCUUUACAUCGAUACAGAGGGAACCUUCCGUCCAGUGCGAUUACUUGCGGUCGCGCAGCGAUACGGACUUGUUGGAGAAGAGGUCCUUGAUAAUGUGGCAUACGCACGAGCAUACAACUCGGACCAUCAGCUCCAGUUGCUUAACCAGGCCUCCCAGAUGAUGUGUGAGACGCGAUUCUCUCUCUUGGUCGUCGACUCGGCGACGUCUCUGUACCGAACCGAUUUCAACGGUCGUGGUGAGCUCGCCUCGCGGCAGACCCAUUUGGCUAAGUUCAUGCGUACCUUGCAACGCCUUGCAGAUGAAUUCGGCAUUGCAGUCGUGAUCACGAACCAGGUUGUUGCCCAAGUCGAUGGUGGCCCCAGUGCCAUGUUUAACCCGGAUCCCAAGAAACCUAUUGGUGGUAAUAUCAUCGCUCAUGCCAGUACCACUCGACUCAGUCUGAAGAAGGGCCGCGGUGAGACUCGAAUUUGCAAGAUUUAUGAUAGCCCUUGCCUUCCAGAGAGUGAUUGCCUUUUCGCUAUCAAUGAUAAUGGUAUUGGUGAUCCUAGUGAGAAGGAUUUGGAAGAUAAGGUCGACCUUCGGCCCUACUCGUCGACCACCGUCGCCAACAUCCAGAUUCCGACUCAAGAGACCGCGAUCCGUCGUCCACGCUUUUCGAUCUCAUCCUCCGACCAGGAAGUCCCAAUCGCCAAAGAUGAAGACGAAUUCGCCAGACGUUACCUUGCGACACAGGGUGAGGUCUACUUCCGGAAGCGCAGGGUCUAUCCGAGGACAUUCUUGUGGAGGGUCAUCAACGACAACAAAGUGCUGGAGAUCCAGUGCGCGGACCUGACGAAGGGUGGGACGGAAGUUUACGAAUACAAUGUGACCCUGCGACUGGAUUUCCAGGAGCGGAUUCUCCCCUUUGGAGUUGAAUUGGCCGACUCCGAGGAUCACGAAAUCAUCAAUGUCUUUGUGAUCACCGCCUCGAAGCACCUUCACACCCUGUCUCUACGCCCCGAAUUCUUCCGCCGGACCUCCUCAAUCGAUGAAAAUGUGAGGGAUUGGUGCAAGACGUGCCUCCCCGCUCCCUUGGCCUUUUCGAGCCCCCACCGACUACACGCGAGCAGUCCCCUGGAGUUAUUCAUCUCUCUCGAUAAUGGCGCGCUCCUGCGCCUGACCCGGAGAGCUGGCGAUGAUGGUUCCCACUGGUCUCCUCUCACUUUUGAUGAACGAACAUGGGGCUCUUCGAUUCGAGGCCUCGUCAAAUGGCACGCACCCUCCUCGAUCAAACACGACGGACGCAACCUCGAUUUGAAUGUCGCCAAUGCCAUUGCCACUACCUCCGACGAGACGUACGUCUUCGCGAUUUGUUUGAACCACACUCUUAAGAUUUGGAAUCUCGCAACGAAUAAGCUAGCGGCCACAAAGGAUCUCCUGGGACGCUCGCUUCAGGAUCCGGAUCUUGUACCUUACACGCUCAACCCCGCGCAGGCAUCAUUCAUGCGCGUCUUCAACGCUGAGCGGUCAAUGGAUGGUGGACAUCGCUUCUAUGUCGUCACAUAUUCACCAUUUGAGGACGGCAAGUUCAAGUUUUGGGCUGUCAAGGGUGGCCUGACAUCCGAACUCAUCAUUGAGGAACUCUUUGCAGAUGAUGUCUUCCGACCUGUGGACCCGGACGCGGGUAAUAUGUUCUGGAACAUCGCUGAUUUCCAGGUCAAAUCGCGGGAAGAAGGCAAGGGGAUGGAGUUGUGGGUGCUCUGGAGAAACCACGGUCUUUACCAACUCUACACCCUCCAUUUCAAUCUCCAGACUUUAGUUACGGAUUGGGCCUCCAACUGGGUUUCGACAACAUUUGAAACUCAUCGACAAGAAUCGCCACCACCUUUGGUCGUGGAUGAUGUGGUGGACCCCACUGAAAAGUGGCUACAGUAUCUCUUGCAGCCGAAUAGAUACAUGCCGGAAGUCCUUGAGACUGCUCUGGCCGUUUAUCAGGAGGCCAUCAAGCCACUCUCGUCAACUUCAUCUGGAGGGCUGAAAAAGAGUUUGCCUUUAGCGGAACGACUCUGCUCUACAAUAGCAGCAGCAGUCUCUCUUCGGAAAUUUGCUGACGAGGAGAUGGACUACUCGCGGUAUACUUCAGAUACAGAUUCAAAGUGGCGUCAGUUCUGGCAAGUUGCGGAAGACCUUAACAAACGCCGCUUCGAACCAAUUUCUCUCGCCUACGACUCAUACGCCGAUAUGCCGUGGCUCCUUCUGUCAGACUCAUGCGCUGUGGUGCGGGAAUGCAGUAUUACUGAAUUGUUCUUGCACAAUUCCAGCUCCGAGCUCAGCGAUGGAGUGCCGAAGAUGGUAGAUCGCUGGAGGCAUCGCAAUGUUUCAAGAGAGCUGGGCCCGCAUUUCGAAACAGCCUCUGGCCUGUUGAAGGUGGCAUCCGAUUUCCGGAAAAGGUUCUCCCAAGAGCUUGACGGGGCGUGCCGAGCCGCUCUUCAGGCCGAAAUCUUUUCUGAGCCUUCUUCGUCGAUCCUGGACCGCAUGGAGAACUUCCGAGAACGCUGCGACUUUGCCAACCAAAUAUCCAACAAAUCCUUCGACGCCCUAGACGCGGCCCUGAGCGAAUACAUGAGAACCGAUUGCUUGUCCAUGGAUGCGUUCUUUGCCAUUAUCCAAACCGCCUCCUCCCACUUCUGCGGAGAAGACUCGGAACUUGCUUCAACCUGUUUUGGUGCUCGAGUUCUAGUCAGUGGUGCGCAGGAGACUAUUUCUAUCUCUCGUCAAAUCUUUUUCGAUCUACUAAUCCUCGUCACAUUCGUGGAUAGCGAAUGGGAACAAACAAGCAAGUCCGACUUCGAUGCGUCCGACCUUUUCUCAAUGCUUGUCGAUCUCCUACGUGAAUAUGAGAUGAUGGCCUGGCUCAGCUCGAAUGUCCGCAAAUGCCCCGACAGCAAAAGCAAGUCCCGUGCCGAUUCAAUGCAGAGAUAUCCACUGAAAGACAGCUCGAAGAUUAACAGUCAACGAACUGCAAGCAUCCUGGAGGAUCUGUUUGUUACCGAUAUCAAGCCCCAACAAGCGAUUGACUCCCCACAAAGCUACACCUUGACUUUGGGGAUCAGAGAUGUUGUGGCCUGGAUUACCCGCGAAGGUGAGGUGAACUAUCAAAACGCAGUGGCCCACAUCCAGUGUGACCUGAUCGCCAAGAACAACAUCGAUCUUGCAUGGGACUUCCUUCGUUUCCAGGCAAGUACUUCCUGGUCAACGUAUGUCAAGGGUCGCUUGCAUGUGGCUAUGUCGGAAUUCGAUACCGCAGCAAUCUACUUCCGGAAGGCAGCUUAUCUGCUCUCUUGCGGCAAGCCAAUGGGCAAUCUUUCCGACAUGUCGGCAGAGCUUUUAGACCUCCUCGAUGUUGACUGCUUCCACAACGGUCUUGCGAAGUACUACCAGCACAUCCUUUCGAUUUUUGAGAAAGUGCGCUCAUACUCCCAUGUCGCGGACUUUGCCAGCCUGGCGCUGCAGGCCCUUGACUCUGAAGUUUGGGCCGAGCAAGACUCCGAAUACCCGACCGUACGCGACGAUCUGCUGUCUCGCCUGUUCACUGGAGCUCUCAAGACUUGCCAGUUUGACCAAGCAUACUCCGCUCUGGCUAGGUUGCAGGAUCUCAAAUUACAGAGAACCGAGCUUAGUGAACUCAUCUCCACCAUACUGGCAAUUUCCGGACCCGGCACAGGUGGUCUUAAGCAGAUUCUUCGUUUCCCCACCUCACUCGUGCCCAACAUUGCAUCUUUCAUUGACGAGAUCCUCGUUCACCUGACCCGCAAACAGACCACCAACGUAUCCUGGUUGGAUGCGGACAACAAAAUUUUCCCAGCCACCACCGACUACACUCGCAUUCUCCAGGCCUAUCGCAUUGCCCGCAGUGACUACCGCGGGGCCGCUGAAAUCGCCUACCGCAACGUCCAGCGCCUCCGCAAAGCACGAGACGCCCCGUCAUCAGCCCUCACCCUCAAAGGCAGGGAAGCGGACGAUGCAGCCCGGUUGCCAGUUGAGGAAGACGAUGCCGAAAGCAAGGAAAUCCGCCAUGAGUUGUUGUCACUAAUCAACCUCCUCGCUUGUGUCGACAAAAGCGAAGCAUACAUCCUGGUCGAGAACGGACCACCGAUCAGCGCCGCCCCGGUUCCUUCAUGGGAAGGACGCCCAAGCACGCAAGCCGAUGAAGAUGGAAACGUCUCGAUGGAGGACGUCGACGCGGCCUCCCCCACACCACUUGGAGGCAAACGCCGAUCAUCCAAUGCCGUGGCUUUCGCACCCACCCACCGCAGAGGAAGCAGCAAAUCUUCCGCCAUCGAACGGCGUAACAGCAUCGUCUCCUUCGAAGUUCCUGCGACCAAUCACUUGCUUAAGCGUCGUAUCAUCGUCACUCUCGAGCAUCUGCGUCGCGAAUUCCAGUCUGAGCUUGACCGUGUCAGCCGGAUUGAGCGUGGAGACUGGGAAUUUGGUCUCGACGAUGAGAAGGAUGUGGAUAAUGAUGAAACGAUGGUUCUGUAG